ACUGUGUGGGACUCUUUCUCACGGAGGCCUCGACUCCAUCGUGACGAGAGAGUGGAGGCGGUGUUUGAUUUCUGUCAUAAGGACAAGAUUUUGUGCAAAAUAUUCAGCGAUGCUUCUGCCCGCAAGCUUAGCCUUCUGCUCACCGCUUGCAUCUUCUUCCUCAAGGGCGUACUGCUAUCUACGACCGGCAUCACCGUUCUUACGAGCUCGAGGCAAAAGUUGCUCGACGAAGCAGGUGAUAUCACCCUAGGGAUCGUGGACGAGGACGACCGAUCGGAAUCAGGUCGAAGUGCGUAUGUCACAAGUCGUACCUGUCCUGUUCCAUUUUUCUCUUGAAGUUCAGUUAGGCGCUAUUCGUGCUCCUUCCAGUCCAACCAUCUCAAGACGUCGCGCUGCCUUGUGUUGCAAGGAUCGUCCAUCGCCCCCUGCCCAAAGGCCGGGACCGGAUCUGAAGCAUGGCUGCCCUGGACCUACAUCACCGGAUAUUCUCGCACGAACCCAUGUCAGCAAUAUCACAUCCGCUCACCUUCGAGGCAAGCGGCUCUUCAAGCGCUCAAAUACCAGCCGUCGAAUCCUCGCGCAGGUCUUCUUCUCAGACCCACACCCGCCAGUUCUCGUCCACGUCUUCCAGUGUCUCCCAUACGCACACGACCGAGCCCCUCCUCGGUCUUUCCGUCGCGUUCGAGGAGCUCUUGGAGCAGCAACCCCUGCAUCCUUCGCAACAACAGGGCCGUGACGCAGGACGUUCGCGGGAGAUGGGUUUGGGCUUUGAGGAUGUGGUGAGUGAGAGGGAGUGGAUCGAUGUUUGGGAGGGCGAGGUGAGAAGGAAGCUCAAACGAUAUAGAUGGACGAAAGUCGUGUUGACUGGCAUUAUCGGUGCUUGGGCAGUGUAUACUGCUGUUCGCUACUUCAUCGCGUUCGCACUAUACAACGACCCCAUUCGACACCGUAUAUCUUUGGCUCUCGGCAUCAGCUGCUUCCUCGCCUUUAUCACUCUCAUCCUCCUCGCGCUACGCACCCUCGUCCCCACCGACCUUCGACACCUCCUACCACUUAAGGCGCUUACGCGGCAAGCCGUCCCGUACCUCGCUUCUUUGCUUCAAGUGGGUCCGGCGAUCGUUAACCUCGUAUUCGUGUUUAUCUGGAGGAACACAGAGCUUUUCGGGCGAUGUGACUGGGACUUAGACGUCGUAUGGCGUGGGCAGACCGGUCAAUGCCCGGGAGCUCUUCCUUGGGGAGUGUGGCUCGCAGGGGGUAUCGCUCGACUGGUAAUCACCAUGGCCGUUCUCGUCAUUUAUCACAUCACGGAUUAUCUCCUUCAGACGACGCGUCGACCAAGCUCCAUGAUCAUGGGCGCUAAUACGGGUGGAUCUCCGGGCGAAGUCAGCAAGCGAAAACCGCCACUCUCAAUGUCAUCUUCGUCCACUGCGCCUCCAUUUCCUGUCUCAUCAGAGCCUCCCGUCGCUCGAUCCUUCUCACUGAACCGACUCUGGCGCGGUGAUCGAUCCGAUAGGGUCGCAGAGGACGUUCGCAGUCACUCGGACGCUACCCGUGAUCGUAAUCAAAUGGGGAUGGUCGAAGAACGUUCAAGGGUAAUCAGCAGUCGUACAGCUGUGGACGGACUGCCUGUGCACGCCCCUAUCCUACGACAGAGUAGCAGCCGUACAGCUGUCAAUAGUGGUAUCAUCGAAGAGGUGUACGAGGUGCCAGAGACACGCGACAUUCCGGACGACGCUUCAUGGGUCUCUGUCACGAUGGCUCUCAGACCUGUCUCCGGAUCCUCCGAAAGAAGGGGAGAACGGGUUUCGAGUCAUUCGGGGCAUCACAGCCAUACUUCGUCAAAUGAUCAUGGUACCUCCGCCCCCACCUCGAUUGUCCACGGUGGCGCUGCAUCAGAACCACCUACUCCUGGGUCUGCGUCGGGCUCUGGACAUGGUCAAUUGAGUGAGGAAGACUUAGCUCGUUUCGCCGAACGAUUUCGGACGCUCGUUGACCAACUAUCACUCGACGUGGAGAGCGGCAUGCGUCUCGACAGUCCCGACUCCGAACCUGCCACACCACCAUUACACAACCUUCUCGACACUCACGUCCCUUAUAUGACCAUGGAUGAGUUCGGCAGACCUGUACCCUCCGACAUUCGUAUCCCCGUCCUUGGGAGAUAUAUUCGUCGAAUGCCCACCAUCGAGUCUAUCGGGUCCGGUGAAGGACGCACUUCGCCGACAUUGUCUAUGCCAUCAAGACCACCGACACGAGCCACGAUCCUUUCUUUCGCUGCCAGCAUGAGCGAUCACUUUCCGAGCCCACCUCCCAGUCGCAGCAACAGUAUCAAUCGACCUGCACCCACCGGGAGCGUCAGUAACGGACAGAGUAUUCGGACCAACAGUACGAAUGCCAGCCCAAUACGGACACGAGCUCCUUCAAUAACAGAACAAGCGGUCGACCUUUCUCGUGACAGUAGUGGCGCUUCGAACAACUCCGGCGCCAGCAAGACAUCCUCCGCGAAGACAUCGACAGGGUCUACUGCAUCUUUUCACACAGCACAGGCGCCAGCCACGACGUCUUCUGGGUCCACUGGAACGCGUGCAUCAGAAGGAUUGGGAAGAAGUCGUAGUGGAAGUCUUGCUGCUCAGGCCGCAGUAGAUGCCUUGACGCCGGUGGCGGAGCUAGGAGAGUCGUCGAGAACGCCUGUCCAUAGCGAUUCUGAAGGAGCAAUCUUCUUUUCUCCUCCCAUGACGGAUUCACCUGCGAGAACAGCUAGCCCAGCAUCGAGUCAUCGGAGUCUAGCGACUGGGAGCACGAUGGCCAAUCAGCUCAAUGAGGCUAUCGAGGCCGAGCUUGACCCUUCUGCAGCUUCGGGUGUCAGUGGCUCCGAUCCAGAUGCGACAGUGAGGGUGUCGAGAGACACGUCAGGGUCGUUUGGAUUCGGAUUCUGGAGGUAGGAUUGACACAUAAGACAGGUGACUCUAACAAUGGACCUUGGACAACCAUAGAACGUGCCUGUAUGAACUGGACUGUUCUCGAGCUUGUUGUGUUUCUUUGCUAUUUUUUGCUCUAGCUUUCAGCGUUCGACGCUUAUUGUUUCAACUAUCUUAUUUUACCCCUUUCACACAUUGAAAGGUAACGACUCAGUGAUGACACUCAUUUGGUCCCGCCUCCUCCAUCUAGUACAUACAUACACGACAGUACAACCACGCUCUUUACGCCACUCGCCACGUCAGACGUCCCGCACAUCGACCCCUGGUGCUCUUACCUCCUCGGAAGAGUCUCAUAUCUGUUAUUCUCGGCACUAUGGACUCUCUCUCUGCUGGCUUUCCGUCGGCUCACAUUCAAUCUUCGUCUUCUUGGCUCCUUUUUGCGCCCCCAACAUACAUAUUUUGGUUCUGCACAUUCUUUUUCGCUUUUUGGCUCUUCCCUCGAUGUAAAGUAUUUCCAUCGCAGUUGUUAUUAUAUUUACAGGGCCUCUGUACAAUACCG